UCGGCAAGCGCGUUCAUGGCUGAAGGACCCGACGCGUUUCACCGCUUUGUGGCUGACGAGUUGAGGCUUGCUGCGGGGCAGGCACUCCCUCGACUUGAGAUCCGUGUGCGCAACCUCUCGCUUUCGGUGGAGACGCCCGUGACACAUGACGACGCAGCGGGUGCAGCUUCCUCGGAGCUUCCGACUUUGCCCCGAGUACUUCAUCGUGCU